AUGAAGGUAAUGAACUACUAUGGACCACUUUUAGCUCUACCACCUAUUUCUUUAGAAAGUAGUUAUGAUAUAUCUAAUUUAACUGGAGUUGUUUAUAGUGGAAUUGCUGAGUUCGUGAAUUCUCGAAGUAUUGAAGCUGCCGGCAAGGCAUUUUUUGACAAGUAUGAGAGAUGCACUGAUAGAAAAGUUCAGAAUACUGAAAGGAGGAUCUUAAAUCCUAAAGAAACCACAAGAACAGAGUAUCUUUAUUCUAAAUUGAAUGAAUCGAAGUAUGGAACUAGUAAGAAUAAGUCUAACAACAUAGCAACAAGUAUUGUAACUCUUAGCCGUCUAAAAGAAUUGGUGAAGGAACCAAAAACUUUAUAUGAUAAAUUGGGAAUUUUGGAGAUAUCAGAUACCAAAGAAAUUAAGAAAGCUUAUAGGAAAUUAGUAUUAGCCUACCAUCCAGAUAAACAAAAGAAUAAAGCAAGUUUAGAUACUACAAAAAUUAAUCACGAUAGUAUUAACUCAAAUCCAUUUUUAGCUAUACAAGAAGCUUAUGAGAUUUUAAGUAACCCAAUUUUAAAACAAUCAUAUGACUCUGCCCUACCAUUUGAUGAGUCCAUUCCAACUUCAUAUACUGGAGAAAAAGGAAAUUUUGAAAUAUUUAAAUCUACAUUUGAACCUGUAUUUAAAAGAAACUCACGUUGGUCUUUAAAUAAGCCAGUUCCUAGUCUUGGUAAUGUAGACGAAACUUUGGAAAAAGUUGAAUCAUUUUAUAGAUUUUGGAGAAGUUUUCAGACUUGCAGAGAUUUCAGUAUUCAUUAUGAGUAUGAUAUAAGCCAAUCAGAAUGUAGAGAAGAAAAGAGAUGGAUGGAAAGACAGAAUUCAAAGAUCAGAACAAAAUAUUUGAAUCAAGAAGUUUCUAGAAUAAACAAGCUGGUUGAAAUGGCAUAUAAACAUGAUCCAAGGAUAAUAGCUUAUAAGGAAGAGCAGAAAGUAAAGAAAGAACAAGAGAAAAUGAGGAGAGAAAAAGAAAAACUUCAGAAAUUGGAAGAAGAGCAAAAAUUACGUGAAGAAAUACAACAAAAGGAAGAAGAUAUUAAAAAGAGGGCUGAACAACUGAAAUAUAAGACUAAAUCUCUAAGAUUAUCAAUUAGGACUCAAAUUAGGAAAGCUUGUAUUUUAGAAGAAUUAUUUGAGUUCAAUACAAACUUUUUCAGUUUUAUAGAUGGUAUAAAUAUAUUUUUACAAAUGAAUGAAAAUUGUUCAUGUUUAUUUUUAGAAAAUUUAAAUAAGAAGAUUGAAGGUUUUAAGCAAUCUAUUUUGAAUUCAUCCAAUUCAGACGAUGAUUUUAUAUUUAAAACAAUAAGCUACAAACAGUGGAAUGAUUGGCUUUUAAAAAAUAAUGAAACUGAGCUAGAAAUUUUAGAUAAUUUUAUUGAUAUAUGGCUUACCAAUUAUUAUUCUGAAACAAAGACUCAUGAGUUGGCUGUAAUUUUCUGUAUGGUAUUAGGAAUUCCACAAAUAAAUCUCGCUAAAUCAAAUACAAUAGAAAAAGUAAUAACUGAGAAUAUUGAGAAAAAGAAUGUACAGAGCUCUAAAUGGACUAUAUCGGAAUUAAGUCUUUUAGCAAAAGCUUUACAAAAAUAUCCGGGAGGUGUUAAUAGAAGAUGGGAAUUAGUUACAAAAUUUGUUGGAAAUACAAAGACAAAGGAAGAGAUUUUAAUUAAGGUAAAAGAACUAUCUGAGGCUGAAAAAUUAGCAAAGUUAUCAUCGGAGAUUGCAGAAGAAUCAGCAUUUGAUGUUUUUCUAAAUGUAAAUAAGGGUGUAUUUAAGAAAUGUGAUAAUAUACCGGAUAUUAGGGAUUUAGCAGAUAUGUCAAAUAACAGUAAUAUUGAUAGAAAACCAAAGUUUAAAAGUGAAGAUAUAUGGACUGAAGAGCAGCAAACUUGUUUUGAAGUAGCACUAAGAAAGUAUCCAACAUCUCUACCUGCUAAAGAAAGAUGGGAGAAGAUUGCUUCUGAAGUACCAGAUAAAACAAGUUCACAAUGUAUAGCAAGGUUUAAAUUUAUUAGAGAGCAAAUCAAAGCCAAAUUAAAUACUAGAAAGACCUAG